GGGGUAUAUCUGUCAGAUUAUUCAAUCAAAAGUAAAACCUUUCGUUGCAAGCCAAUAAGAGCUGGCGCUUAGAUGCGAGGGCAAGCAGAGCUUGAAGACUCCCCUGCCUAGCUAACGCGUAGACCCGAGGGUGGCUUUGCCAGUUUCAAAGUGGUCGAGGAACCCGUGAUUUAGCACUUCCAAUUGCUUGCGGCUCCUAGCUAUUUUGAGGAAGGUUUGAUACUAGGGGCGAAUCGCCCGGCCUCUCGCCUCUGAAGGGGAUGGAGUUCCCGACGUUCAGCAUGCAGCACACUCAGCCUGCCGCACUCCUGCCGACCCACAGCUACAAGCACAGGUCGCUGGCAUCGCAGCGAAGACGUGCAAAGUACAGCGUGUUGCGACCUGUAUCUUGCACGGCUGAAGCGGUCAAGGCUGAAGUUGCCGGCAGAGCUGCACCUACGUGGAAAUCAUCUUUUAGGGAAAAGUACUCCCUGGGCAGGCACGUGGGGAGUGGAAGUUAUGGAGUGGUGCACGUGUGCAUUGACGAGGUCACGAAGCAGAAAGCAGCUGUCAAGAUCUUGCCGAAAGUGCGUAGCAAACAACAGCCUCAGAAGACUCUGAAGAAGCUGGAGAGAGAGGUGGCCCUGAUGGCCAGGGUGUCCAGACAGUCAAGGGGCAUCACCCCCCUCAUUGACGUGUACGAGGACAAAAACUACGUCUACAUUGUCAUGGGCCUCAAUGAGGGCGGUGACCUGGAGCAGCUUCUUGAGAAGUAUGGCUCCUUCUCAGAGCGAGCCACUGCGACUGUCAUGUACGAGUGCCUGAAGAUCAUCUCCGUUUGCCAUGCCAACGGGGUGCUCCUGGGCGACAUCAAGCCAGCAAACUUCAUGCUGCGCCACAGAUAUAGAGAUCCUUUGAAGGCCUUGGAGAGCGAGCACUUGGGGGAGGGUUUUCUCUCAGCCAUCGACUUUGGCUGCAGCCAGGCUGUGGGCCCUGCUCCUCUGGCGAGGCGGACAGGCACUCCUGUCUACAUGUCCCCUGAGACUUUCAGGCGGGAGUACCACCUUGAAGCCGAUCUGUGGAGCCUGGGCAUGAUGAUGUACCAACUUAUUGCCGGCCGCUUCCCCUUCUGGCCAAGCGUGGAGCAGUGCAGAACCAGGUCGCUGGAGGAGGUGAUGAAGGCGGUCAUCAUGGAGGACAUUCCUGUGGACUAUGGCCCCUGGCUGUCAGUCUCCCCAGAGGGCCUCAGCCUGCUGCAGGGGCUGCUGACGCGCGACCCCACCCAGCGCCUGACAGCUGUGGAGGCCCUGGAGCACCCCUGGUUCCAGCGCCAGAUCGACAGCGGCGGCAGCGCCGGUGACGGCCAGUCGGCUGCCGGCGGCGGCCGCAACAACAUCGUCCCCCUCAUGCCGGCUGCGCCGCGCGGCGGCUCCUCCGAAGCUGGCGCCCUGCGCAGCAUGGCGGCGUGAAGGCGUGCUGCGACGCGCAUGUCAACCUGUAGAAAAUGCGGUGAGCGGUGACGUCGUGUCAUAGAGUAAGCGCCAAUCAACAAGAAAUGCAUGAGCACUUAUCAUGAAUUAAUGGCGGCUAGACCGGCUGCGAGAAGACGUUUUGUUAGAUUAUUAGCACACUGCGCAUUUGUGCCCCCCCGUUCCGUAUCGAGGGUAGUCUUCGGGCUUGCACUGCAGGGCUUUUGUAUUCACACCUAUAAAGAACUGUCUAGCUGCAAGACCAUCUCAAGAUUUGGUUUUGUCGGAUCGUAUCUGGAUGGAUCCUUACACUGCCUAGUUGAAGAUGCAUGACAGACUGCAGAUGACGAGAAGAAAAUUUUGUUUUCAGUAGCAAAGCUGGGGCAGACUUUUCCAGACAGACGUUUUUGAGAUUGCAGUGGGCUGGGAGCCACUGGUUCAGCAGUUCCUGAUCAGGAUCAUUUAUUUUCGAAUUGGGUAGAGUGAGUUGAGUGAUGAGAGUUCGAGUUGGCAGAACGGCAUGCAUGGAAUACUGGUUCUGAACGGAUGCACUGUGUAUUGCAUUAGAUCUGUUAGGAUAUUUGUAUCAGAUGAGAAGAUCAAAACGACAUUUUGAGUGGAAGGAUGAUGAGGCGCUGAAAUGUGAGCAGCCUAGUUGUGAGCAAGAUGAGUCAUGUGCAGUGCACUGCACUGGAUCAAGUGUGUCGUCACUUAUAAGACCUAUCGACGUUGUGGAACUACUUGCAGCAGCAAAGCUUAAGCAGUGGUAGUAAGCUUGAGAUGCUCGUCUAUUGCUAUAUAUGCUGAGUCUGUGCUAAGAUGUGUACCAUCUGGGUAGCACUCCAAUUGUGUAAGGGAUAACCUGAACC